AUGCCCUCUCUGGCCGGCCGGGCAGCGGGACGGGACGGGGAGGGCUUCGCCAUCAGGGAGGAGGGCAGCUCAGAUGAAGACCUCCCUAACUCAUUUGUGACAGAAGGCAGUCAGCAGUGUGCUGUUCUUACAGAUUCCGUUUGUGCUCAUCUUUUCCCAAGGGCAAACCAGAUUCUGUUAUCAUCUGACUCAGAGGCAGUGGUACCCCGUCCUCGGGAGCCUCAGAAUCUGGAUGACUCCUCACCUGCUGGUCAGUUUUCCCUUGUGCACUGGCCACACCAAUGUGAAGUUGUCAGGGACAGAAUUGAGCACAUCGAUUGGACACCCACGGCCCCUGAGCCAUUGUACACUCCAACAGGUUUGGAGAUGAUGCCACCAUACCAAACUCCUGACAAAGGCACUGUCAUUUAUCUGGGAGAAGAAGUUAACAAAAACUCCUGCUUUAUGUAUUCCCAAGUGAGAGGUCUCUGCCCCCUGAAGCAGAUCUUCCAUCAGAAAGGGGACAACACACUGGUCUUUGAAGCACGGUUUGAGAGUGGGAAUUUGCAGAAGGUGGUCAAAGUCAAUGAAUUUGAGUACCAGCUGACCCUGCGCACUGACCUCUACACAAGCAGACACAUGCAGUGGUACUACUUCCAAGUAAGCAACACGCAGGCAGGGAUGCCAUAUCGCUUCACUAUUGUCAACUUUACCAUGCGUAACAGCCUAUAUAAAUGUGGCUUGCGGCCACUGUUGUACUCAGAAGCCGAUGCUAAGAAACACAAGGUUGGCUGGCGAAGGACUGGAAAUGAAAUAAAGUAUUACAAAAACAAUGCGGGCCAAGGUGGACGUCAGUAUUUCUCACUCACCUGGACGUUCCAGUUCCCUUGUGACCGAGACACCUGCUACUUUGCCCACUGCUAUCCUUACACCUACUCCAACCUGCAGGAGUACCUGCUGACCAUCUCUAAAGAUCCAGUGAAGUCCAAAUUCUGCAAGAUUCACAUCUUGUGCCGUUCACUGGCAGGAAACGUAAUGUAUGUUUUAACUAUCACCAACCCCUCCAAAAGUGGCAAGGGCACCGAGAGGAAGGUUGUGGUACUAACUGCGAGGGUGCAUCCAGGAGAAACUAACAGUUCCUGGAUAAUGAAGGGCUUUGUGGAUUACCUUCUUAGCGAUUCAGGCAAAGCUCAACUGCUGCGAGACAAUUUUGUCUUCAAAGUGGUACCAAUGUUGAAUCCAGAUGGUGUGAUUGUGGGAAAUCACCGCUGCUCUUUAGCAGGUCAGGACUUGAACUGCAAAUACAGAUCUAAUGUGAAGAAAUGUUAUCCUUCCAUUUGGUAUACUCGAAACAUGAUCAGAAGAGUGAUGGGGGAACGUGAUGUUUUUCUGUAUUGUGACAUCCACGGUCACAACAGGAAACAAAAUGUCUUCAUGUAUGGUUGUGAGAGAAGGCAGCAAGCAAAAGGACCAUAUGUGCAUCCAUUUGUCUUCCCACUCUUGCUGAGCAAGAGCUGCCCAGAUAAGUUCUCAUUCCCAGAUUGCCGUUUCAGAGUACAAAAGAGCAAAAAAGGCACAGGUCGAGUGGUAAUGAUGUGGAAGAUGGGCAUCAACAACAGCUACACUUUGGAAGCCUCUAUCUGUGGCUCUAAGUUGGGCUGCAGACGAAGCACCCAUUUCGAUAUGAAAGACUUGGAGUCAAUAGGACAGCAUUUCUGUGAUGCUCUCUUGAACUACUGUGUUCAUAACAAGGAGGAACAAGAGAAAGUAGUGAAACAGCAAGCCAGGGUGAACACCAAAGUCCUGAAUUCUGAUGUGUUAGACUGGGAUUCCAGGUAG